AUGGGCGCGAAAAACUUCAUCAAGGAAAAGGAUUUGAUAAAGGAAUCUUCCGAGUGCGAUGAAGAUUCGAGUGAUGAUGAGGACGACGAGUGGUAUCUCUCGGGAGGCGGGGACGAAACGCCGGGUGGAAUCUCAAUUUCGACGGCUGGCCUUGUUGAUAUUGGUGAUGUGGAGACGUCAGCUAGCAGUACGGAAAAUGAGGAUACGUGUGGUGGAGUGAGAGCAUCCGUCUGUGGGGGGUUGGUGAUGUUACAGGGAAGUUGUACUUACGUACAGGCUCACUCGCAGGGAACAAAAAAUAAAUGGAGUCGUGAAAGAAUUGAAAUUGAUCCUAUGGGAAGGGUGACGAGUUGCAGCUCAAAAACGAAGACUUUGCACAAACGAACGGAGCUGUCGGGGAUAGUUUUUGCGCCGCGGUCGAGUUUGGGAAAGGAGGAUGCGUUGAUGGAGGAGAUGGGAAAUGGGGAGAUUCCCACGGCAUUGUGUGCGGGAAGAUUCGCGGAGGAGCUGAGUCGACAGGAAUGGAAAGAGGCUCUUGAGAGAGUUACAGCUGCCUACGAGAAUGCGAUCGAUCGUAGAGGAGUUCGAGCCAACUAUCCGAAGUGUGAUGAUGAUAGAAAGGCAUUCACCUUUGAUGUGAAUCAAGACUUCAUGAAGUAUAGUGAGGAGCAUGGGGGGGAGGAGGAGGAUGAUUGGAGGCGUAGAUUGGAGGGAAGCAGUCGGAAACUUCCGAGAAGGGAUUUCCACAGUGGCAUUGAUCCCUCUAUGAUGACUAUAUUAGCAGACAGGAUUGCUAAUGAAUUGUAUAAAGCGACGGGUUUGAAAAACAGGGUGGAAAGUUUGCGGAGUGUUAUUGAGAAGUACGGUAGUACAAAUGGAGAUUCGCAAGAUUAUGGAGGGGAAAACGCGCGCGCCCUGAGGGACUACAGGAGAUUUGAUGACCAGAUGCAGUAUAGUAAUUCAAAAUUGAACCCGCGGGCGUUGGCGUUACCGCAAUUGCGCAGCCUGAAGAAUGCUGAUAGAGAAACGUUUGAAAAAUUCAUGAAAAUUCAAGAAUGGUGGCUUGGCUUUGACACGAAUGAAAAGGUUCUAACGCAUAGCACACUUAUGGGGAAUAAGGAUGCCUUCUCGUGCAGGAAUGUUACGGUGGAGCACUUUGAGGACUUGACGAGAAGGGAUCCGUAUUUUAAAUUGAUGUUCAAGAGGAUGAUGAGGUUUUUCGAUCAGAAUAUUUGGGAGAAUGUUUUCGAUCAAACUACGGCGAGCGCGAAAAACGGUUUGAGGAUGCCUUUCUGUAAUAAGGUGUCGUGGCAUAAGGACGCGGAAGGGAGGAAGCAGCCGAAAGUGGAAGAUCGAUUUUCGUUACCUAUUGGUACGAUCGAAUUCGAGUACACUCGUAAGGAGGUUGAUCCUAAAGAAUUGGAGAAAAUUCGGCAGAUGGAAGAAGAUAGGUUUGAGCAGGCUGAGAAGGAGUUCAGGGAGAGACUACACACAGCGAAGGAUUAUCGAGAUCUCCAAGGGGACCGGACUUCAGCUCACACGAGUGAUAAAACGUCGAUGGACCGAAGCGUGGCAUUUGCAAAGGCGCUAAAGAAAAUUGGGGGAGGUAAUAAGGUGUCGUGGCAUAAGGACGCGGAAGGGAGGAAGCAGCCGAAAGUGGAAGAUCGAUUUUCGUUACCUAUUGGUACGAUCGAAUUCGAGUAUACUCGUAAGGAGGUUGAUCCUAAAGAAUUGGAGAAAAUUCGGCAGAUGGAAGAAGAUAGGUUUGAGCAGGCAGACAGGGAGUUUAGGGAGAGACUACACACAGCGAAGGAUUAUCGAGAUCUCCAAGGGGACCGAACGUCAGCCCACACGAGUGAUAAAACGUCGAUGGACCGAAGCGUGGCAUUUGCAAAGGCGCUGAAGAAAAUUGGGGGAGGACCGCUUACGAAGGAUGACUUGAGAGAUAUGGAAGUUGAUACUAUUGCAGACUGGAUCGCGAAAGGUUCGUGUAGGAGGGGACAGUAUAGUAAAGAUGAUGUUACGGUUCCUGAUGAGAAUUUUGUGAAGGCUUAUGAGGAAGCGGAUUUUGAACUGAUUGAGGAGAUUGGUUUGGAUGCGAUUAAGGAGACGGACAAGUGGAAGAAAAUGACGCCUUGUGCGCAGAAGGGGGUACCGGCAAAGUCGGGGACUUUCGACUGA